UCCAAGAUGGUGCUCUCCGCGCUACACUCCGUCAGGCUGAAGUAUCUGUCUCUGGGGGUGCUGGUGUUGCAGACCACCUCGCUGGUGCUCACCAUGCGCUACUCACGCACCCUAAAGGAAGACGGCCCCCGCUACCUGGCCUCAUCUGCCGUGGUGUCGGCCGAGCUGCUGAAGGUCCUCGCCUGCAUCCUCCUCGUCUUCAAGGAGAACAAUUUCAGCGUGCAGCUGCUGAAGGAGGAGAUUGUGAACAAGCCGGUGGAGACCAUGAAGUUGGCCAUUCCUGCAGGAAUCUACACUCUGCAGAACAAUCUGCUCUAUGUUGCCUUGUCCAACCUGGACGCAGCCACCUAUCAGGUCACGUACCAGCUGAAGAUCCUCACCACAGCACUGUUUUCUGUUUCCAUGCUGGGGAAGAGGUUGGGCUUCUACCAGUGGCUCUCCCUGCUCUUCCUCAUGGCAGGAGUCACUCUAGUGCAGUGGCCCACAGAGUCUGAAGGUGACACUGAGCAGAAGGUCCUGUCAGCAGGCUCCCAGUUUGUGGGACUGAUGGCUGUGUUGAUGGCCUGUGUGUCCAGCGGCUUCGCUGGAGUUUACUUCGAGAAAAUCCUCAAGGAGACUAAACAGAGUGUGUGGGUCCGUAACAUUCAGCUGGGUUUAUUCAGCUUUGUGUUUGGCUUCGUAGGAAUGAUAGUGUAUGACAGCCAGAUGGUGAGAGAGUCGGGCAUGUUUCAGGGCUACAACACCAUUACCUGCAUAGUCGUUGUCUUGCAGGCUCUUGGCGGGUUGGUUGUAGCAGUGGUAAUUAAAUAUGCAGACAACAUCCUCAAAGGAUUCGCCACCUCUCUCUCCAUCAUCGUGUCCACACUUAUUUCAUAUUUCCUGUUGGAGGACUUUAACCCUACAGGUGUAUUUUUCCUAGGGGCAAUGCUGGUUAUUGCUGCCACAUUUCUCUACAGCAAGGAGCGUAAACCUGCCAGUGCCAUCAAAGUAUAA